AUGAACCACGACCCAUAUACUGACGAAGAUCCCGAGUAUCGCAAUACUCCAUUAGUCUCCCCAAUUCCUCGUCCUACACUUGAAGCAUGUCCUCCUUUACAAUCCCAGCAACAUCAAAGAUCAGCUCAAUACCAACAAAACUAUUAUGGCCAUAAUAGUUAUCAUUCAACACCUCAUAUUUCUUCUUCUCAUUCUAUGCAUACGAGUACUCCUCCAAAUGACCUUUCAAAUCAGCAACUAUUAACUCCGGUUGAGAUUCAAAAACAAAAUGCCAAUUUUUUGUCUUGCAAAAUUCCUUAUGAAGAAGGAAAAUCUAUUAAUGGCUUAAAAAUUGUAGUAGGACCUAUUAUUGAACCAGAUUAUAACCAAUUUUGUGAAGCAGCUGUUGUGCAAUUACUCCUCGAUAAAAAG